GAAUAUAUAAAUAAACCAUAAAAUUUGUUUCCAUAUUCAUUCAUUGAUAAGGGUAAUUUUAAUUUAAAGUUGAAAAAAAUAAUAUAUUUAGACGUGAAAGAGAAAAAAAGGAGUAUGAAUUAUCUACACUGUUUAUACAUUUUAUUGUUUAUAAUUAAUUUUCCAUUAUUAUCAAUUGAAAAUCCAAUCUUAAAUGAAACCAUAACAACAGAACUAGUUGACAGAGGAAAAUAUUCAACUGAAGAUGAGAAUUCAAACGUAACUCCAGCUAAUCAUCACAUAGAAAAUUCCACGGAACUUUACAAUUUUGAAGGUCUUGGUUCAACUGAAAGAGAAGAAUGGAAUUCCACUGUUACAGGGAACUCGUCUGCAUUUGGUAGUGUAUUCAAAGAAAACGUUUCGAUUGAUCAAGAAGGAGUGAAUUUCACUACAUCUGAAAAACUUGUUUCAAUCAUUCCUGAAUAUCAAGUUACUUCUAUACUUGAUGAAGAUUGGAAUUCUACAACAUUUCAAUAUCCAUUCUCAACAAAUUCUAUGCAAGAGAUAAAUAUUAUCAAAAAUGAUACAUCGCCAUUACAAAUUCAAGAUCAAAAAACCGAAGAACCCGAAACAGAAAGUGAUGAUAUAGAAAACUUAUUAGACCAUUUAAUAAAUAAACUUAAAGUACCUUCAAAUAAUUGGCUUAAUUAUCAUUAUAUUAUGGCAAUGGAAAGUCCUGAUGGAAGUAUAUAUAUUCCAAAAAAUCAUAAACAAAGUACUCGGAAACAUUUGAUUACAUUAUUGGGAUUUGCUGAAGAAAUUGUUUCCAAUAAAAAUGGUAUUACAUAUGUAAACAACAAGAGUGAAGACAAUCAAUCAAUCACUACACAAUGGAUAAAUGAUGAUAUUUUAGUGCUUGGACAUAAUCUAUCAAUCAUUGGAGAUAAUCAAUCUAACAAUGAUGAUGGAUACAUCAACAAACUAUGGAAUACUAAUGAGACAUUCAAUGAAAGGAACAUUACUAAUAAUAACAACCAUGAAUUUUCAGAUAUUGAUCAUGAAACUGGAACAUUUACUGAAAUAUUGGAUCUUUCUUAUUCAAAUGUAACUGAACUAGAUGGAAGAAGAUUAACCGAUCAUGAAUUACAUGAAUCAAAUGAGUCAAAUGAUCUACAUACUAUUGUAGAAACUAUAAUCCUUGAUGAUAUGGAUCACAGAGUAUCUGAACCAACUAAUCAAUCCUCUAUACUGGACACUGAAGAAAACUUGUCAAAUACACCAAAUGAAUUACAAGUAAACAGUAGCCAAGAGAAUAUAACAACUGAUUCGAUGGAUACUGUUCAUCAGCAACUUACAAAACUAAUACACAAUUAAACUAUAGAAGUUUAGAAGACCGGAUUUAUAAAGUAUCAAUUCAUUAAUUUCCUACAACUAAUAUAUGAUAACAUUAAUUUAUUAUACAAUAAUAUACUACUUAUAAUACUACUAAUAGUACUACUUAUACUACUAUUAUCCAAUACUCAUAAUAGUUUCUUAUUUAAAACCAAAAUAUUGAACAUUGUUUAAUUUGUUUAUUGAAUAAUUAUGAUUAUUUUUAAGUCUUAAUUUACUACUGAAAUAAAUGUUGAUUGUUAAAUCUAUGUAAACAUGUUCUAUUGAAUGUCAAUUGGUCUGUAAGAGCUUUUUCAAUGAAUGAAUGAAUGAAUGAAUGAAUGAAUGAAUGAAUAUGGAACUAAUUACUAGAUUGAUUUGAAUAUUCAUGAAAAUCAUUGAAAUUAAAGUUAUAUUGCGU